AUGCCCAUACCCUUCCUCACCAGCCUCUACUUCGACGGUCCGCCGUCCUGGUUCCCCGAACCAUGGACGCUCGUGAAAUGGACGACGGCGCUCGGAGCCGUCUCCCUCACGAAAUGGUACGCCUCCGGCCGCACCUGUCCCUCCGACCGCAACAUGCACGGCCGCGUCGUCAUCAUGACCGGCGGCACCUCUGGCAUCGGCGCUGAAGUCGCCUACGAGCUCGCCCGCCGCGGCGCCCAGCUGGUGUUGCUCACUCGUCACGAACCCGGAGAUCCGUUUCUGGUGGACUACAUCGAUGAUCUACGGGCUAGGACCAAGAACCAGCUUAUCUAUGCCGAGCAGGUUGAUCUGGCGAGUCUUCACAGCAUACGAAAGUUUGCGACAAAAUGGCUGGAUAAUGCGCCGCCGAGGAGGUUGGACAUGAUUGUCCUCUGCGCAGGGACGCUUGCUCCUCCUGGCACGCAAAGGACGGAAACCGAGGAGGGCAUCGAAACAAUCUGGCAGAUCAAUUUCCUCGCCAACUUCCACUUGCUAGCCCUCCUCAGCCCAGCGAUCCGCGCCCAACCCUUCGACCGCGACGUGCGCAUCGUCAUACCAACCUGCAAGAGCUACAUUUCGUCACCAAAGCUGGAUGACGAGAUGCCCAAGAUCCAAGACCGAGAUAAGGACAAGCCGACGUGGACGCCGCAGAGGGCGUAUGCAAGGUCGAAGCUGGCACUGAUGACGUUUGCAAGAUCGUAUCAGAAACACCUAGAGUCGAACAGGAAAAAGAGUGAGGAGCAGCUGCCGCUGAAUGCAAGGGUUAUUUUGGUUGACCCUGGGCUGGCCAGGACGCCGGGGACAAGGCGUUGGUUGACAAGGGGAUCGCUGUGGGGGUUGCUGGGUUAUCUACUGCUGUAUUGGUUUGUAUGGCUGCUUCUGAAAGCGCCGGGCAUGGCGGCGCAAUCCAUUCUCUUCGCCGCUUUUGAUGGGGAAAUCAUGCGGCGUCCUGGUGGCCGGCUGAUAAAGGAGUGCAUGGAGGUAGAUUGUGCGAGGGCAGAUGUGGAUGACGAGGCGGUCGCGAAGAAGCUUUGGGAGACGAGCGACAAGAUGAUUGAGAAGUAUGAAUGGAAGGGGGCAUACAAGCGGGCGAGGGAGAGGGAAGAGAGAGAGGAGCAGGAGAAAAUCAAGGAAGUGGAGGCUCUGGUCGAAGCGAUUAAGAAAGGAAAGGAGGCACAGAAAAAGAAGGAAAAGGAGAAGAAAGAAAAGGAAAGGGAGAAGAAGGAUGGGAAGAAGGAUAACAAGGGAACGACGAAGUAG